AAUUAUGUAAAAAGUAUGGUUCAUAUUGUAGAAGGAAAAAAAAACAAUAAUUACCUCUUUAGCUUACAUUUGUUAGUAUUUUACUGCAAUGUUCUAGAUUGGGUGUUUUCUUCCUUAACCAAGUUUGCUUCUAUCAGGUACUGUAACAGGAGUUUUGAAGAUGAAAAAGUCUUAAUAUUUCACCAGAAAACCAAGCAUUUUAAGUGCCACAUUUGUUACAAGAAGCUAUACACAGGUCCAGGAUUAGUAAUACAUUGCAUGCAGGUUCAUAAAGAGAAUAUAGAUAAAGUUCCUAAUGCACUACCUCACAGGCAAGAUACAGAAGUGGAGAUCUAUGGAAUGGAAGGUAUUCCAGAGAAGGAUUUAAUAGAACACCAAAGACAACUAGCACAACAAGCCAGCAAGCAAGCAGGUGGUGGUGGGGGAGGGGGAGGAUCAGGUGGUGGCGGUGGUGAUAAAGCUGGUCCCAGUAGCCAGCCCCAGGUAGGAACAACGCCAGCCUCUGGACCAGCAAGGAUACCAGCCAUGCCAGGAAUGCCCGGUAUGCCUGGUAUGCCCGGUAUGCCUGGUAUGCCACCCAGAGGAGCGUUGAAUAUACCUGGUAUACCAGAGAUGCCCCCGCCUCCGAUGCCACCGGCAGGGUUCCCGGCUCUCCCCCCUCUACCAGGGAUGCCCCCCUUUGUUCCGCCCGGAAUGCCAAUGAGAUUUCCUGGGUCACCGAUGCUUCCAAGGCAUCCAUCUAGAAUGCCGAUGCCGCCCAUGCCUCCACAGUCCAUGAUGCCCAUGGUUGCGGGCCAACCUGGUGCUCAUGUCCCCAUGCCCAUCUCAGCAGCAGCUAGGAUGCCUACGUCAACGGCCAUGCCAUCAAUACCUCCCAUGCAGGCUGCAGCUACACCUUCAACUCGUCCUCCGCCUCCAGCCCCGCCAGCUGCAAAGCCUCUCUUCCCCAGUGCUGCUGCAACGGCUACAUCAGCGGCGAAUUCACCUGGUCCCAGCGCUGUCUCCAAGCCUGACAUCGUAGCGCCUCCCAUGGCACCCUCCAAACCAACAUUCCCAGCGGCAGCUGCAGCAUCUGCCCCGCCGAAACCAGCUACACCAUCGGUUGCUGCAUCCGCUCCACCAUCAACAUCAUCAUCCUCAACGUCAUCGUCGUCAUCACAGCCACCUGACCCUAAGCCUCCUGCUUCAAGGUCAGGCAGUAAGAGCAAGGCCAGCACUAUCAACACAAGUUCAAAUAGUAAUAUAAUACAUCCUGAUGAUGAGAGGUCAUUGGAAGAGAUGCGAGCUUGUGAAGAGAAGUACAAGAAGAUCACACCUGUGGUUCCAACAUUGCCACCCCCACCACAACCCCCUACCCUCCCCUCAUCAAUAGCCCCUCCGUCUUCUGCACCCCAGCAGCCACCACAGGGACCACCUCAGGGUCCACCCCAGUCAAGCAUGGGUGGUAGCAUGACAAUGCAUCCCUCCAUGAGGCCUCCAAUGCCUCCUAUGGGUCAUCAAGGCCCAAUGGGUAUGCCUCCACAGCGAAUGAUGCAAAUGGACCAAAGGGGUGGUGGUAUGCCUCCAAACAUGCCACAGUUCAUGCCGUAUCCAGGUAUGCCCGGAAUGGGUAUGAACGGUGGACCAGGCAUGCAGGGGGGACGCCCACCUAACAUGCCUCCCAACAUGCACCCCGGUAUGCCCCCCAACAUGCCCCCUCAUAUGAUGCCUGGUCGAGGAGGCGGUCAGAUGUACUGAGGAGGAUACGCAUCAACGGUCAGAAGAGCCACCAGGGAAUCAAGAGGCCAUCUUGAGAAGGUUGGACUUAAAAUGUACAUAGUUUGGUAUUGUAAUUCCAGAUUUAACCGUCACGUCUCUGUGCCCGUAAUAUGUCCUCUUUUUGAUGUGCUCCCAGAACUUCCAUGUGACAAUUGGUUGGUAGAGGUGAUAUCGACACCAAGAGCUUCUGCUAUGAUUUCAUCUGCGAUAUUCACUCUGACUAGACAUUGUUGAACAUCUCUGUCAUUCAGGUUUGAGCUAAACUUUGUAUUAUUGAUAUUCGAGUCAUCAUCAGCUUGUGAUGGGCUUCGUGCAAAACAGGUUUGAAAUGUAAUUUCCGAGACCUCUUGUCGGACUAUGAGGUACUACAAGAUUUCAGGUUUGUCAGAUAUGCAUAAUGUAUUAAACUUUAAAAUAUUCUUAUAAGAAACGUCUGUACCAAAGUUAAUUGUACAACAUUUGCGGCAUGACUUAUACAUGUACUUGAAGACAUUAUACUCUGAAAGACAGAACCUCCAAAUUUUUCAGGAUGCUGAAGUUCAUCAAAAUCUUUUUAAUGAAGAAGUCAGAAUUUGGCUGUGUACGAAAAGCAUUGCUUUACCUAUUUCAAUGAGUUUUGUCAAAUAUCUUACUCCUUACACAACAUAAAUUGAAACUCUUUCAUAAGAGUUUGUAGAGUAGGUAGAAUUCAAUCUGAAUAAUAUUUUGAUUCAAUUUUGGUUUAUAUGUUAAUCCAUCUUGCAUUAUACAUCUUGCUAAUGAGAUUAUUUCUGUUCAAUUUUAAGUUGGAAUUUACUUUGAUUUAUUAUUACUCAACAAUUAAGUCUGCAUUAUGCGAUGUUCAUUCAAUGGUAAGGCAAUCAUCGCUCAGAAUUUUUUAUAAGAAGAAUCAGUGAAUGAAAGGAUUUGUUAUAAAUCUAUAAUGUGAUGAAAUAAAAUUCCAUUUUAUUGUAAUAGAGUUUUCUUAAAUAUUAAUUUCAAAUGCAAGUGAUGGCAGGUGAGGUAGGCUUAUGCCUGGGGUUUUUAAAACCAACACUUAUUGUGUACCUAGUUUAGUAUCUAGUUUGUGUACCUAGUUUAAUCUGCACCUAAGGUCUCUCUACCAUGAGUAAGUACAUGAUUAAAAAUAUUUUGAGUUUGUCCAUUAUCAAUUUCUGAAUUAAUGAUAUUUAGUAAUAGGGCAAUUCCAUAAAGUUAUCCUUCUGACCUAUUUGUAAGGCCUUCCUAAAAUGGUUCGUCUUCACUCUCUAUUUCAUAUUAACAGGUGCCAUGUUCUGAAAGUAUUAUAGCUUGAUUAUUUAAGAAAGUGAGAAAAAAUGGAGACGAAUGGGGAGUUAGACAUUCAAAAAUCUUGAUUAUUUUAUGGAAUUGCCCUAUAUCUUUUGAUUUUGGGCAUGACAUACCCCCAUAUGCACACCAUUACGGCGCUUAUUUCUUGUGGAUUAGGUAUAUCCAUGUAAGGUACGUAACUUUUUGUGUAUACCUAUUUAUAAUUUGAAUCGCAUUAGGUCUGCAAUGCCCGUAAGGAGCCUAUGAAUUCAUUUGUACCUUCCGUAUUAUGUGGUCUCUUGAGAAAGACCAGCCCUGACUUUGUAAAUGUCAUACAAUUUUGUAGGCUGCUUAUGGUCACCGCAGCCCCUAUAAUUUUUUUUGUGUGUAGUAGACAUAUUUUCAAGAAUGAUAAGCCCAUUGCCCAUAGACUUAAGAUAGAUACAUUGCACGAUCAUUGCAGGGACUCUGAAGGAGGCUUCACUAAUCAUGCACUGAUCUUACGAUUUCGGGUAAACCCUACAGAGAUUCUAAGGACACUGCAUGAUCUCUGUGCAGCCUUUAUACAGCAUAUACCCUGUAGUCCAAUCAAGAACUUUCCAGUGUAUGAUACCUGUUUAUAUUGUGAACAGGUGGGUGUUUCAUAAAGCGGUUUGUAAAGUUACACUUGACUCAACGCACAACUGGAACACGCUCUUGGACGCUAAGUCAGUUACAUAGGGAUUAUCAUGUAGCACAAGAGAGGAUCACCAGUUGCGCGUGAAAUCAUUUUUGACUUAAAAACAGCUUUAUAAAACACCCACCAGAUACCGUUACGUAGUUUCUAAUAUACUUUUUUCACUUAAACCAUCUUCUGCUUUCCUAGUCAUGUUUGAAUUUAUUUACACUUUACAUUUUUGUUUACAGUGUAAUUAAUAAUUGCAAUUUUUUAAUAAGAUGAAGUGAUUUUCUCCACAAAUGAUUGUCCAUGUAUAAUGUUUAAGAUUCUUAAAUUGGAACAGACAAACAAAUUCUUUGAAAAGGACACUAUACACAACAAGCUGAAAAAUUGUUGUUGGCACCCGUCAGAAUACUCACGGUCCCGGUAAGUGUUUUCAGAGCCAGGUAGGAUACUAUUAAUGAUUAUAUCAGUAGAUUUAGGGGAUUUGUGGAAAGUUUUUUAAUCAUUUAAGAAAUAAACAUCAAAAUACCCUCAAAUAGUUGAAUAGAAAGCAUUUAGUUUUUUUUCUUUUGAUUAUGAAACAUUUCAUAAUGAGGGAAAUUUAGUUCAAAUGACCCGCUUCAUUAUCAUACUGGACAAAUAUUGACGGGGGGAAGAAUUUGUGGCUACAACGACCGUAUAUGUUCAUAAAUUAUAAUGCAUGAAGUAUAUACAUGAAUCAUGAAUGAUGUCAAAUGUGCAAUGGAUGUAUAGACUUCAUUGCCUUCAUUUAUUUAGGUUUUUUUUUCAGUCUUUAGAUGAGCAUGAAUUAUAUUCUCUUUUAUUAUUCAUAUAUUUUGAUGCUUUUUUUUUUAAAACUUUAUGAAACCCUAAAUUGUGCAUGUGGAAACUUCUGAGCUAGGCAUGUCUUUUCAAUUGUUAACAAUUUGUCAUCAGCCAUACUUUUUAGCAGUUGAGUUUCAAAAUUCAACCAAUUGAUAACCAUCGGAUGAUUCAUUGCAACAAAUCCCAUAAUUAUGUUGAGCUGGUAAUUGACAUGCACUUCCUAAAAAAAUCAGGGCUAAAUUAAUCAGCAAAUGAAAAACAAAAAUCUUGAAUUCAGGCUAUAUAUUUAAUUAUAAGUUUAAUUAAUGUUCUUGUCAUUUGAUAUAAUAAUCCUUUUUGGAUACACCGAGAACUACAGAAAAAAGUAUGUAAUUUGAAUUAUGUGUAUUGAUAUUUUUCUUGUAUAUUUGCAUGUCUGUAAUGAUGUUGUAUUUUGACUCGAAGCAUACAAUGUAUUAUCCUGUCGCAUCAGGUUUGAGAGACCCUUUCCUAUCAUCUUUUCAUUUUUUGUGCCUCGUAAUAAUCAACGAAUCCAUCACUUGAUGAUGUGCAUAGGAGAAUUUGUGAAUAAAAAAGUUCAGUCUUUAUUAAAAA